GAGAGCUCCGAUCAUGCUUGGUCAGUGAAGUGGUUCUCAUUAGGUGAGUGCAAACUGUAUUGGCGGUCUCGGAGCACAGGUAAGUUUUUGAUAUAAGUCGGUCUUGAGAACCUUUAAGCUUCAGGUCAUACUCAUCUUGUUACUGCAUCAUCAACCCUUUCACGAUGGCCAUCAAACCGCUUCAGAUCCGCGUCUCCAUCGACAGAGGCGGUACCUUUACUGACGUUCACGCCGCGAUACCUGGACGCGAUGAUAUCGUCUUGAAGCUCCUCUCAGUAGAUCCGGCGAACUACAAAGAUGCACCCACGGAAGGCAUCAGACGGGUUUUGGAGCUGGCAACUGGUCAACCACAUCCCAGAGGCCAACUACUUGACCUCUUCCAUAUUGAGUCUAUUCGCAUGGGUACCACCGUCGCUACAAAUGCUCUACUAGAACGCAAGGGAGCCAGAUCUGCCUUGCUGAUCACAAAGGGCUUUAAGGAUUUGCUUCUCAUCGGCAACCAGUCUCGCCCAAACAUCUUCGACCUUUCAGCGGCGAAACCUGACGUUCUAUACGAGCACGUCAUUGAGGUCGACGAGCGCGUAACGUUAGAAGACUACACCGAGAACCCAAAUCCUGAGUCAGUAGAGCUAGACGUAUCAGAUCCAGACCUCGUCGAGGCAGUCACAGGAGAGCGCAUUCGCGUACUGCAACGACCAGACGUGAAAGCUAUAUCGAACGCCCUUGAGCAAAUAUGGGAGCAGGGAUACCGCUCUAUCUCAAUCGUCUUCCUCCACUCAUACGCGUACCCUGCACACGAGAAUCUUGUCGGCAACUUGGCUGUUGCGAUGGGUUUCUCGGUAUCUCUUUCCAGCGCAUUGCAGCCUAUGAUCAAGGCUGUUCCGCGAGGAAUGAGUGCUACAGCGGAUGCAUAUUUGACGCCAGUCAUUAAACAGUACAUCAGCUCGAUCUCCGAAAACUUCAGAGGUGGACUUGGUGCUCAGAACACUCGCUGCGAGUUCAUGCAGUCAGAUGGCGGUCUUGUCGACUUCCGCAGAUUUGGAGGCCUCAAGGGUAUCCUUUCUGGUCCUGCUGGUGGUGUGGUGGGUUAUGCUCAAACAUCAUGGGACGAUGAAGAGCGACGACCUGUCAUCGGUUUCGAUAUGGGUGGUACCAGCACCGAUGUCUCACGUUACGCCGGUGUUUACGAGCACGUAUUCGAGACGACGACAGCAGGUGUAUCGAUUCAAUCGCCUCAACUAGAUAUAAACACUGUCGCUGCAGGAGGAGGCUCUAUUCUUUCAUGGAAGAACGGCCUGUUCCACGUUGGUCCUGAGUCUGCUUCUGCUCAUCCCGGUCCUGCUUGUUAUCGCAAAGGAGGUCCAUUGACCGUGACGGACGCCAAUUUGUUCUUGGGAAGACUAUUGCCAGACUACUUCCCCAAGAUCUUCGGUCCUAAGGAGAAUGAGCCGCUGGAUCGCGAUAUUACAGCGCAGAAAUUCUUGGCCUUGACUGAGGAAAUUAACAAGCAGCAGCGUAAAGACGAUUCUGUCACCUUCUCGCCCGAGGAGGUCGCUUUGGGCUUUUUGAAUGUUGCCAACGAGGGUAUGGCCAGACCCAUCAGAGGACUGACAGAAGCCAGAGGUCAUGACACCGCAGCACAUCAUCUGGCUUGUUUCGGUGGCGCUGGCGGACAACAUGCCUGCUCCGUGGCCAAGGUUCUCGGCAUCUCGCGGAUCAUCAUCCACAACUACUCAUCAAUCUUGAGUGCUUACGGUAUGAGUUUGGCGGAUGUGGUUCACGAGAUUCAGAAACCGGCCGCCAUGACUUACUCGUCAGAAACCCAGCAAAUUGUCCAAAAACAGCUAGAGGAGCUUGCUUUUGAAGCAUCUAUAGAGCUGAAGGAUCAAGGUUUCACAGAUGACAACAUCACUUACGAAACUUUCUUGAAUCUUCGCUACGCUGGCUCGAGUAGUUCACUCAUGGUUCUCAAGGGUGCUGACUGGGAUUUCCGAUCGGCCUUCGAGGAGAGACAUCAGCGCGAGUUCGGCUUCCUCUUCCAAGAAAAGCCCAUCCUUGUCGACGACUUCCGCGUCAGAGCAAUCGGUGCUGCACAUGAGAAGAUCGCUGCAAGCCCCUUUGCACAACUGAAUCAAGCCGCUUCGCUCGACGUGCCUCAAGCUUCUCCCAACGCUACAAACCGUGUUUAUUACGAGGGUACAGGCUACCUAGAAACUCCGACGUACGAACUGCCUACAAUCGCUGUUGGCAGCAAGAUUUCUGGACCAGCUCUGAUCAUCGAUAAAACUCAGACCAUCGUCGUCCUCCCUAACGCUGUCGCAAACGUGCUUGAGAGCUGUGUCGUGAUUGACCAGGAAACCUCAACCACAACUGUUGACAAGACAAUAGUCAACGAUGAGUUCAGUCCCAUUCAACUUUCUAUCUUUGGUCAUCGCUUCAUGUCUAUUGCAGAGCAGAUGGGCAGAACUCUGCAGAAGACAUCUGUGUCUACCAACAUCAAGGAGAGACUUGACUUCUCGUGCGCUCUCUUCUCGAACGACGGCGGCCUGGUCGCGAACGCACCCCACGUCCCCGUACAUCUUGGAAGUAUGCAAUUCGCUGUGAAGUAUCAGCACAACCUCUGGAAGGGCAAAUUGAGGGAUGGUGAUGUGCUUGUGUCGAACCAUCCAUCAUGUGGUGGCACUCACUUGCCUGAUAUCACCGUUAUCACGCCUGUCUUCGAUGGAGAAGACAUUGCUUUCUACGUCGCAUCGAGGGGUCACCAUGCCGACAUUGGUGGUAUUCUCCCAGGAUCCAUGCCGCCCACGUCUAAUCAGCUGUACCAGGAGGGCGCUGCUAUAGAAUCACUCAAGAUUGUCGAGGAGGGAAGAUUCAACGAGGAAGCUAUUACCAAGCUACUUCUUGAAGAUCCUGCACAAUAUGACGGAUGCUCCGGAACCAGAUGUCUUCAGGAUAACAUUUCUGAUCUCAAGGCGCAAAUUGCUGCCAACAAGCGUGGUAUCACAUUGAUCAAGGGCUUGAUCAACGAGUUCGGCUUGUCUACCGUGCAUCGCUACAUGUACGCUAUUCAAAGAGCGAGCGAUAUUGCUGUCAGAGAAUUGCUCAAGCAGAAGUACGAAGAGUUCGGCAAGAAGCCUCUGAAGGCAGUUGACUACAUGGACGAUGGCACACCCAUCGCUUUAGAAAUCACUAUUGCGCCUGAUGGCUCAGCAGUAUUCGACUUCGAAGGUACUGGGCCUCAAGUCUAUGGCAACACGAACGCGCCAGUCGCGAUCACCAACUCAGCCAUCAUCUAUUGUCUUCGUGCGCUAAUCUCCUCGGACAUUCCUCUCAACCAAGGUUGUCUGAACCCUGUCAAUAUCAAGAUUCCCGAGAACUCUCUGUUGAGCCCAGCCAAGGGUGCUGGUGUGGUUGGCGGCAACGUCCUCACAUCACAGCGUAUAACAGAUGUCGUGCUCCUCGCUUUCCGUGCCUGUGCUGCUAGUCAAGGCUGCUGCAACAAUUUGACGUUUGGAACAGGUGGUAAAGACGAGAACGGCACUCAUGUCAAUGGCUUCGGUUACUACGAGACCAUCGCUGGCGGUUCAGGUGCUGGUCCUAGCUGGCAGGGACAGAGUGGUGUUCACACCCACAUGACCAAUACUCGUAUCACUGAUCCUGAGGUUUUCGAGAAACGCUACCCUUGUAUUCUCAGACAGUUUGGACUGCGUGAAGGCUCAGGUGGAAAGGGCAUGCACACUGGUGGUGAGGGCACGAUCCGUGAUAUCGAGUUCCGUAUGCCGGUGCAAUGCUCAAUUCUCUCUGAGCGUCGCAGCCGUCAGCCUUAUGGUCUUGAGGGUGGUGAAGCUGGUUCCUCGGGUCUCAACUUGGUCAUCAAGAAGGAUGAGUACUCUGACGAGAAGAGGGUAGUCAACCUCGGUGCAAAGGGAACCAUCAAGCUGAAUGAAGGUGACAGAAUCAUCAUCAACUCUCCCGGUGGUGGUGGUUGGGGAUCUGUGGAAGAUGGUGGAGUCAUCGAUUCGGAAAUGCGAACAAAGGCACAAGCCAAAAUCCUGGCUGGUGGAUCGGUGAAUUCUUACAAAGCUAGACAAGAGACUAACUAGAGUGUUGGCGAUAGAAAAUUAACGAUACCCUAAUUGAUUCAUGCUUG